AUGGUGGGCGGAGGCAGGAGGGGAGGCGCGGCGGACGAGGCCAAGCUCAACACCGGCAACGUGUUCGCGGCGCUCGAGACCCUCAAGAAGAAGAAGAAGGGCGACAAGGCCAAGGGGGGCUCCUCCAAGGGAGGGAAGCAGGGCGACGACCCCACGCCGCAGCAGCAGAAGGAGCUCUUCUGGGCCCCCGCCCCGCUCAACACCAAGUCGUGGGCCGACGUCGAGGACGACGACGACGACGACUACUUCGCCACCACCGCGCCCCCCGCGCCCAUCUGGGGGAACGACCACGCCGCCGCCAAGACGGCCAAGGAGGAGGAGGAGGACGAGGUCGAUGCUGUCCACGCCGCCCUGCCUGAGGAAAUUGAAAGUGAGGAUGAGGAGCAUGAUGAUGAGGCUGAGGAUGGUGCUGAGGAUGAACCUGAGCUUGAAGUGGAAGCUGCUGAUCCUGAUGUGAAGAAAGUUGCAGCAGCACCUAAAGAGACAGAAAGGCAGCUGUCCAAAAAGGAGUUGAAAAAGAAGGAACUGGCUGAACUUGAUGCUGUGUUAGCUGAGUUGGGAAUUUCUGAAAACACAAGCGAUGCUGCACAAGAUGGAAACAACAAUGCUGAGAAGAAAGGUGCGAGCCAAGCUGGUGAUGGAGAGAGAAAGGAAGACGCACCUGCCCCUUCAGAGAGCAAGAAUGCCAAGAAGAAGAAGAACAAGAAGGACAAGAGCGCAAAGGAGGCAAAGGAAGCUGAGGUGUCGGAGGAGGCUACCAGUGCAGAACCCGAGGAAGACACGGCUGUGGAUGUCAAGGAGCGCCUAAAGAAGAUGGCGUCGAUGAAGAAGAAGAAGUCGGGCAAGGAGACGGACACAGCUGCAAAGAUCGCCGCGGCAGAGGCGGCAGCCAGGACCGCGAGGCUCGCGGCGGCAAAGAAGAAGGAGAAGAGCCAUUACAACCAGCAACCCGUGCGGUAA